AUGACCCGCGAAGAGCUCCUUGUCCUUCGAAAACCCCUCCUUGAAUACCUCGAUAAGGGAUUUAUCCGUGUUGAAUAUUUACUAGCACCGACGUCAACAUCGCUUGUCGAAAUCAUGCCGGCCAUAUUCGUUGCUACCUUGGCUCCUACAAUGGCUCGUACCAGGGCGAAAGUGAAGACAAAAAUGACGGACGAGGAGAAGGAAAAGUCGACAGCACGCAAAAGUGGACCUAGUUGGCUCAACAAAGGCUGCCAGCUGGGGUUGAAGGCGAAUGUACCCAUGUUUGCUGGCUACUGGGAGCCAACACACCACGAAUGGAGAGUCAGAGUAUGCCGCCCGCGUGGCUGGCGUCCUUUUAACGUAAACAAAGUGGUAGGAGGAAUGAAAUUGAAAACAGUCAUCGGGACUACUGACAAGCUGUGCAGAUCCAAGAUCCUGAGGCGACACCACAGCAGUUCACGCGCUCUCAGCAUGAUCACUCCCCAGGUCUACGAAAUCGAGCCCGCAAACCGAUUCAUAUCGGAAAACCGGCAAAGUCGAGUCCAAGCUCGCAGACGCCGGGUAUAUGUGUGA